CUUGAGUAAAUAAUAAAUAAUGAUUUAAUUAGUAAAUGAAUAAGAAUGGCUGCCAGAAACAGUUUUCGAAAAAUAGUUGCAACCACCCUCACAACAGACUUCAGGAAAGCUUGUGAAGUAGUCACUGCCAAAGUUGGAAAUCUUGCUGAGAAUGAAGUGUUAGUUAAAACCAGGUAUGCUGGAAUCAAUGCAACAGAUAUCAAUGUCGCUGCGGGAAGGUAUGGUCCUCCUAAUCCUACCUUACCCUUUGAUGUCGGAUUGGAGGGCGUUGGAUUUGUUGAAAGCGUUGGCAGCAAUAUUCCAAGGAGUAUGAUAGGCCAGCCUGUUGCUUAUAUUUACACUGGAAGUUUUGGUGAAUAUGUAAAAAUGCCCUCUCGAUUUUGCAUGCCGAUACCUGAAGCCAAACGAGAAUACAUUCCAUUGCUUAUAAGUGGGUUGACUGCGUCAAUUGCACUAGAAAAGGUUGGUCGCAUAUCAACUGGUGAAAAUGUUUUAAUCACCGCUGCUGCUGGAGGUACUGGUCAUAUUGCUGUUCAACUUGCGAAACAGGCUGGCUGUCACGUUAUUGGUACAAGUUCGAGCGAUGAAAAAGGGGAGCUGCUAAACUCUCUAGGUUGCGAUCAUGUUAUCAAUUACAAGGAACAAAAACUCUCUGACGUAUUGAAGGAAACAUAUCCAAAAGGAAUUGAUGUCGUUUACGAAUCUAUCGGUGGUGAGAUUUUUGAAGCAUGCCUUAACAGGCUUGCCGUAAGUGGACGCAUGAUCGUUUUAGGAUAUAUUGGUAGUUACCAUUCCCCUGCAGGAAUUGAUCGUAGCCAUCGAAAUGCAACCUUGAUGACCAAGUUGUUGCUGAAAUCAGCCAGCAUUGGAGGAUUCUUCUUAAUGAAUCAUGGAUCCGAAUUUAAACCUCAUCUAAGCAAACUAGUUCAACUUGCCGAUUCAGGAAAGCUUCGUGUAUUAACAGACAGUACAGACGAGCAGGGGAAACCUUUCAUUGGAUUGGAAUCAGUCUUCGAUGCUAUUGAUCAUUUAUAUUCGAGGAAGAGCAAGGGCAAGGUUAUUGUGGAAUUUCCUGAAAGCAAAGACAGCAAACUCUAAAUGCGCAUGCGCAGAUAUUGAGAUAAAAAGUUGGUAAUGAAAUUAUUAAUGGUCUACGUGUACUCCGUAAUCGAAGGUUGCGAGAAUAACAUUUGUUUUAGAAAUACUAUGUCAUUUGAUUUUUUCCUUUUUGUAUGAGAAUCUAAUCCCUAUUCCCUAUUUUUUGUUUUGUUUUCUUAUCUUCCUGACAGCCCUUCGAUUGUUUUGUUGAGAAAGUCUCUUUUAUGAAUUCUGUACAACAAGGCUGUCAACAUGAAAGAAUUUGUAAGUCGAGUUAUCACUUUAAUAAGUUUCGUUUUGUUUGAACAUAUGACAACUCCAAACAGUAAUCUAAUAAUUCCCAACUAUUCAAAAUAAAAUUGUAAUAUAUGUAAAUUCCCGAUUCCGAUAAUGAAAUAGAUAUCGAAACGUUUGUAAUAGAAAACAUUUUUUUAUAUUGAUAUUUUAUCACUAUAACUUAUAACAAUAUAUUCUCCCUUGCUUAAAAUACUGCCGCGGGGGGGUGAAAAAUGAUUUUUUUAUGAUUUCACGUGUAAAAAGCGCAUGAUUAUGUGCCUACACAAUAUUAUUUAAUUCAAAAUAUUAUUUUGCGAAAAUUGUAUUAAAAAUAUAAUUUUCCGGAAAAUACUGUUCCAUUAUCAUUG